AGAAUCAAGAAACUGCCCAUCGACCCUUCUGAAUGGGAUAGCUAUUUCGACGAGAGCGGCCAGAUCCUCAAAUCACGAGACUUUGUGGCAGCCCAAAUUUUGGAGAGGGGUUUGGAUCCUUCUGUCAGAUCAGAAGCAUGGAAAUUCCUCACCGGCUACUAUUCCUGGAGGAGUUCCUGUGAUGAGAGGCUCACAACCGACAGCAUGAGGCGGAAAAGUUAUGAGUCACUGUGCAACAUGUACACCAAGAUCCAACCGCUGCUGGAGACCGAACAUCGAGAUUUCACUGAAGUCCAGAAUGUCAUACAGUCUGAUGUUCAAAGACUUUACAUCAAAGAUGCGCAGGGCAACCCUCUCGUUGAUAAAAAACAACUGGAGAAGAUUCUUUUGCUGAAUUAUGUGUGCAAUGUGGAUGCUG